GGCCCCGCCCCUCGGGUCCCGGGUCUGAGUGCCCCGCCCGCCGCAGCUCCAGCUCCUUUGGCUCUGCGGGACCGCGGCGCGCGGUGCUUCGUUCUCCCGUCCCAGAGCGCCGGCCUGGGCGCCCGCCGCCAGCAUGGACGCUCGCCGCGUGCCGCAAAAGGGUCACGGAGUAAAGAAGAACGUAAAGAAAUUUAGAUAUGUGAAGUUGAUUUCCAUGGAAACGUCGUCAUCCUCUGAUGACAGUUGUGACAGCUUUGCUUCUGAUAAUUUUGCAAACACGAAACCUAAAUUCAGGUCAGAUAUCAGUGAAGAACUGGCAAAUGUUUUUUAUGAGGACUCUGAUAAUGAAUCUUUCUGCGGCUUUUCAGAAAGUGAGGUGCAAGAUGUGUUAGACCAUUGUGGAUUUUUACAGAAAUCAAGGCCAGAUGUCACUAAAGAACUGGCCAGUAUUUUUCAUGCCGACUCUGACGAUGAAUCAUUUUGCGGUUUCUCAGAGAGUGAGAUACAAGAUGGAAUGAGACUGCAGUCAGACCACACUGGCUACAGGACUCGCAGCCAGUGCCGACGGUCCGGACCCCUCCGGGUGGCCAUGAAGUUUCCAACCCAAAAAGCCAGGGGAGCCGCCAGCAAAAGAGCAGUGCCCCCCCAGCCCCCUGAGAAUACUGUGACCGAUUCCAGUUCUGAUUCAGAAGAUGAAAAUGGAAUGAAUUUUUUGGAGAAAAGAGCUUUAAAUAUAAAGCAAAACAAAGCAAUGCUUGCAAAACUAAUGUCAGAAUUAGAAAGCUUCCCUGGCUCAUUCCCUGGAAGGCGUUCCCUACCAGGCCCCAGUACACAGUCAAAGACACCCCGAAGGCGUACAUUCCCAGGUGUAGCUUCCAGGAGAAACCCUGAACGAAGAGCUCGUCCUCUUACCAGGUCAAGGUCCCGGAUCCUUGGGUCCCUUAGUGCUCUACCCACAGAGGAAGAGGAGGAAGAGGAGGAGGAUAAGUACAUGCUGGUGAGAAAGAGGAAGACCAUGGACAACUACGUGAAUGAAGAUGACAUGCCCAGAAGUCGUCGUGCCGGAUCCAUGACCCUUCCACAUAUAAUUCGCCCUGUGGAAGAAAUUACAGAGGAAGAGCUGGAGAACAUCUGCAACAACUCUCGAGAGAAGAUCUAUAACCGCUCAUUGGGAUCUACUUGCCAUCAAUGCCGCCAGAAAACUAUUGAUACCAAAACAAACUGCAGAAACCCAGAGUGCUGGGGUGUUCGAGGCCAGUUCUGUGGUCCCUGCCUUCGAAACCGUUACGGUGAAGAGGUCAAGGAUGCUCUGCUGGAUCCAAAUUGGCAUUGCCCGCCUUGCCGCAGGAUCUGCAACUGUAGUUUCUGCCGGCAGCGAGAUGGGCGGUGUGCGACUGGGGUCCUUGUGUAUUUAGCCAAAUACCAUGGCUUUGGGAAUGUGCAUGCUUACUUGAAAAGUCUGAAACAGGAAUUCGAAAUGCAAGCAUAGCAUUUGGAAGAUCCACUCCCCGUCUUCAAUGCGCAAAUCUUCCUACUAAAGUUUUCGGUUUUUUCACAUGAUUGAAACCCGAGUUAAGAAUUUUGAUGAUAAGCCAGUUUUAUAGGAAACGCAAAUCAAGUUAAUCUCAGUAGACACACGUGUCUCUGACCAUCACAGAGGUAUAUCGCUAGCUAUACUUUGCCCUCCUGCAGUUUCUUCUUUGCUUCCCCCCCACCAUCCCCCCUCUAUUUCCAUUGGUUCUCUCCCACCAUUUUGUUUCUGAUUCUUUUUAAAUGGCAAGUUUAGGAAAGCAUGUUUGAUUUAAUUGGCGUUGAAAUAGCCCUGGAAUCCACCCAUAAAACCAAGCACUUAGAAACACAGUAGUAAUGUUAACUAACUACAUCUAUUGAAUUCCAGAGAACAGCCCUCUAACUUGUUUACGAGAAAGCUGUGUAAUUUUAGCUUUAGCGUUCAUACUAGUUGAUGUUUUUUAACAGAAUCAAGGCACACAAGUCUUAAAACCAUGUGAAAAAAUUCGGUAAUUGUUGGAAAGUGGAGUAUAUUACUUUGGAUGCCUCUCAUGAGAAUAUUCCAUGUAUUAUGCUUAUUUUACAAGUUGCCCUGGUUGAGACUCAGUUGCUUCUGCUUUCUUCCACUACAAGGUCAAGUGAUGCAUCUGCCUCUCACAGUCACUGCCCAAAGGUCCAAGGGCAGUGCUGUAUUCAAAGUCAUGUAGAAAAGACAUCCCAGGGAGUUAGGAUAGUGAGGUUUCAGGAAUAGGCUGACUUGAAUUUAUGCUGUAACACGUCAGCAUAAUUGUAGUUAGCCAAGUUUAUUUUGGUUUGUAUGUAAGGUGUUUCAAAUUCCUGAUCAUUUUGCAUGGAAAAUUAAUAGUAAUACUCGUCUACUACUAGUCUUUGCGGUGUUUGCUUUCUUGAAGUUAUAAACUAGGCACAGGGUUCAUGUUCAGCUUUUAAGCACUUUUAUAACAAUGAGAAGUGCCUUUUUAGAAUUGGGUGACUUUCAACAGUUUGUUAACUUGCCAUCUCUACCUUUUUAGUUUCUGGGCAGAUUUCAUGUGUCGUGCCCUACCCCCCCUCUCCUUUUGUAUUAAUCAAAUCGUUUUGUAGAAGUGGAAUCUUAAGUGUUUGUGUGUCCAUUUUCUUUGCAUGUGCAGCCUUUUGCUGUGCCUGUUCAGUGUUUGAUGCCUAAUUGGAUAUUGAAUCAGUAAGUGUAAAUAGAGCUUUUGAUCUGUAAUGCUUUUAUACAAAGUUUUUUAUUUUAAUAAUAAAACGUUUUAUUCUA